GAGCCUGGCACACAACCAGCUGGAGACGCUGCCGCGCCACCUGUUCCGGGGCCUGGACGCCCUCACCCAUGUGGACCUGCGGGGGAACCCCUUCCACUGCGACUGCCGGAUCAAGUGGCUGGUGGAGUGGCUGAGCAGCACCAAUGCCAGCGCAGAGCUGGGCGAGUGCCAGGGCCCAGCCGAGCUCAACGGCACCCGGCUGAGCCAGCUGCAGCUCCAGGACUUUGACUGCAUUACCACCGCGCUGGCGCUGUUCCAGUCGCUGCCCUUCCAGGCCCUGUCGGUGGAGCCGUUCUGGUACCAGGGGGAGCAGCAUGUGGCCAUCACCCAGCCCUUCGCCGGGCGCUGCAGCCUGCUUGAGUGGGACCACCUGGACGGGGCCUUCCGGGCCUACGCCUCCAUCAACGGCUCGUCGCCUGUGGCCUGCAAGCCGCUGGUGGUGGAGGGGCGGCUGCUGGUGGUGCUGGCGCAGCUGGCCGGGGGUUCCCAUGUGUGGCGCCGGGAGGAGGCCUCGGGGCGCUUCGUGCGGCUGCAGGAGCUGGGCCCGCAGCGCAUCCGCAAGCCCAACGCCCUGGCCAGCUUCCGGGUGGACGGCGACUGGUUCCUGGCCGUGGCUGACAGCUCCAAGGCGGGCGCCACCACGCUCUUCCGCUGGGGCGGGCGCGGCUUCUACGCUCACCAGGCCCUGCACGCCUGGCACCGCGACACCCACGUGGAGUUCCUGGAGCUCGCCGGCCGGCCCAGCCUCAUCUUGGCCAGCAGCUCCCAGCGCCCCGUUGUCUACCAGUGGAGCCGGCCCGGCCGCGCCUUCCUACGCCACACAGAUAUCCCUGACAUGGACGACGUCUACGCCGUUAAGCACUUCCGCCUGCGUGGGGACGUCUACGUCUGUCUGACCCGCUUCAUUGGUGAUUCUAAGGUGAUGCGCUGGGAGGGCUCCAUGUUCCGGGACGUCCAGCACAUGCCAUCACGUGGCUCCAUGGUCUUCCAGCCACUGGGCAUUGGGAGCCACCGCUAUGCAGUGCUGGGCAACGACUACUCCUUCAGCCAGGUGUACCGCUACGAUGCCCGCUCGGGCCUCUUCGUCCGCUUCCAGGAGCUGAACACCCAGGCGCCCCGCUCUUUCGCCCACCUGGCCGUCCACCAGCGGGACUUUGUCUUCGCUGCCAGCUUCAAGGGAGACACGCAGAUCUACCGGCACAUCACCAUCGACCUGAGUGCCUGAGCCCCGCGCCGGGGCAGUGGGGGGCGCAGAAUGGGACGCAGACAAUGCAGGGUGCAGCA